AUGUAUGCUGAAGAAAGAGAGAGAGAGAGAGAGAGAGGGAGAGAGAGAGAGUAUCAUCUUGCGUUCAUAUCAAUUCUUGGUAGCAAAAAAGUGACAUUGCAGGCUCCAUCCAUUUCUCCGUUUGGAAGCAAGCUUAAAGCAGAUAAAAAUAAAAAUGCAGAAGGAAACCAAAACACUGUAGUGUAUUCGGCAUUUGUAGAUAUGAUGGAAUCGAGUGGCAAGGAGGAAGAAGAUUAUUAUCCACUUAAAAGAAAGGUUACUUUAAUAGCAUGGCAAAAAAGCAAUGUGAUCAAUGACACUGUCAAAUGCUGUAUUUUAAACAGUGCUCAUAUUGCAGUUCCAUCGCGAGUAAUAAAGGCAACGCAAUGUUGCUAUAAUAUGGGUUUGAUAAGGGCCAGGCGCGUCGAAUGUGAAAUACAUGGAAUCUACUUAGAUAUCCAAGGAGUAUCACUUGCACACAUAAAUACAAACUGUUCAAAUAAUGAACAAGAUUACGUCAAACCAAUAGUUCUGUCUUCAAACCUAAAGCAAAACAAGUGGGCAAUAUGUAUCAAAUAUAUUUAUGGUCGUGGCCCAAACAGCAGAAAAUUAGUAGAAUGGUUUGAAAUUCAUCGUUCUUUGGGAGUGGAUAGGUUUCUGGUGCACUUUGAAUCGACCAUUCAGUCGUCGACAAAAUCUGUGUUACAAUACUAUCAAAUGAACGGACUCGCUGAAGUUCUGGAAAUCAAUGCUCCUUUUAAAGAUACCAUUAAUAGACACAAUCACAGUCCUCGAUCCGAACUUUACAACGAUGAACAAGUUGGACUCUGGAACUGCAGAGAACGACUUAAAUAUUAUAAUUAUGUUGGUGAUUUAGACACGGAUGAGUUCAUUUUGCCACAUGAUAUUACAAAAAACCCAACGAAGAAAACACUGAUAGAUGCCUUUGGAAGAAAUGUUGGAGUGGUAACAUUUUUUGCAUAUGUUCACAUUACUUCCUGGGAAAAAACAAACACAACUAGUUUGCUUCAAAUUGGCCAAUAUGGAGAGGCGACGGAACCAUUAAUAGAAGCACCAAAAAACAUGUUCAUGCCAUCAAGAGUGAAAUAUGGAGAAGGGACAGUGCAUACUAUUUAUCCUAAAACAGGAUUUUCAAGGAUAUUUCUCGACCCUGUCAAGGCUGCAAUUCACCAUUUCCGAUUGUGCAGACGGCAAUGGUUGGACCCAUUUACAGCAAAAAUUUAUAGAAAUGGCACUGUAAAAUACUUAAAUGUAACGUGUAACGACUUUAGAAGAGUGCGUUUUUCACCGCUUAAACAGAUGAACGUUGCUACACUGGAAAAAAAAAUCCUUCAAGCCUAUAAACAGCUACGUAUUUGAUUAUUGUAAACUAUAUGUUUGCGAGAAUGUGGCAAAUUUUGUGCAAAGUCAGAUAUUUGCGAUGUGUGUGCGUGUGAUUUUCUUUUUUUUUUUGCUUGCACAGAAACAUUUUUUCUCUAAAUUGAUCCCAAAACAUUGUUUUCACUAAGUCACUAGUUUUUUGUCUGCGAUAUGAUUAACUGCAAAAAUUUGCUGAAAAAGUCUAUUAUUAUACUAUAAUACCAGAUUCUUAUAGCGCCCGUGGAAUAAAGAGUGGAAUAAAGUCCCAAGAACAGAUAGAGAGAAAUCCUUUUAAGAUACAGACCUGUCUGGCUAUCUUAGCCCACCUCUUUGCAAAUAAACAGCCUGGUUCUUUAACAUGACCGUUGUAUAGCAUUGAUACACGCAAAACCGUCUUUCCAGGGAAGAAAGUACAGACCUCUUAGUUAGGCAGGGGCCUCUCAAGAGUAUAACAGAAAUGUCCAGUUUCUGGACCGGGAGCGAGGCAUAAACAUCACCUUCUCAUAGCGACAAUUAAUAGAUAGGUGUAAGAACAGUAAGGAAUCCUCUUUAAGCAGUAAAAUAUCUAUGCAAUGUGAUCGUAAAUGCAUGUAUACAUGUAAUGUCUUGUAUAAUGUUAUUUAGAUAGAACCGAGGACUUCUUUAAGAAAACAAAACAUAUCCGUAAAAUAUUUCGGAAUCUGUUUCAUCAAUCUAUAAGAUUAAAAAUUUAAUAAGAUAUAGCUUUCUAUAUCCUAGAUUAGUAAAGUCCAUGACGUACAGUUUUCUUACAGUCUCAUACAAGUUGCAUUGCAAAUAUUUAAGUCAUUUCUAAAACCAUCAUAAUCAUCAUAUAUUGUCCGUUAGUGUUGAACUGGCACUUUGAAUUUUAUAGUGUAAUAUAAUGUAAUGUUACCGAUACCUGUUUUAUUCUUGCAUUAUUUUAUGGAUUAUAUUUUAUGGAUUUUAAUUGUUUUCUCUUAUAGUCUCUGGAAAGUUAGUGACAGGUGAUUUGUCUUUUUAUCGAAGAUACGUUUAAAACAAUUUUAUUCCACUGUUUUACAACGGGUAAAUUAGGUAACUUUUAAUAGAUGAACUAUAAAUAACAUGACACGUAUAAAAUUUGUGGAAGACGUAGACCCUGAACCCAUAAUGAUGAUAAUGGCAGCGAAACGCUUUGUUUACAUAGCUACCUGCACAUCCGACGGUAUAUAACGUAAUUCUAUUCAUUCCGUAAUGUGCCAUUAUAUGUACCUGGGAUCUUGGAACAUUCUUUUGUUGGGAUCUUGGAACGAUCAUAGAUCAUAUACAAAAGAAUGUUCCAAGAAACCAGGUUAUUCAGGGUUUAUAUAUCUAUCAAAUGAAUAUUUAAUCGACUACCGGUUUCAAAAAUACCAUCAAAUCGAUUUUAAACAAUGUGACGUCCUCAAUAGAAACAGGGGACGUCACUCUAUUAAUAUGACGUCGUGUAAAAUAUUUACGAAUGUUAAUGGCGUUAUUUUGUGUUUGUCUUUAAACUAACGUGUUUCUGUCACUUUUUAAGUAAAUGCGCCGUCUCUAUUCAAUAAUGGUGUUAAUUUUCUGAUAUAAAAAAAAUCUUUUUGUUUCCUGUUAACUACACUGUUCGUGAACAUUUUAAAAAAUGGGAAUUUUUGUACUUCGGGAAUAGCGUUCCCGCACAAACGUCCAGGUGUUCACUUACAUACAGUACUCUCUUGGUAGUGUCUCGGAUGUGCUGAUUAUGUAGAGUAACUCGAUUAUGGAGGUUGCACGUUUCGCCUAUGUAUUCCUGUUGACAUCCCUGGCAUAUAAUGACGUAUGUUAUGUUCUUGACAUCACAGGAAAUGUUUUCUCUGUAGAACCACUAGGUGCCAAACUACUCGAAGACAAUAUUUCGUUCUAGUUACACUUAAAGGUCAUAUUUCAAAUAACUCCUAUUAAUUCUAAAAGUUAAGCUGAUCACAACAAAUUCCAUUCAAAAUAAUUUCAUUAGUCAGGAUCAACGUUUACUGUUUAACUGAUUAUGACUCAUGAAAUUAUUAGCUUCUUAGUAACAUCCUUAACUUUUUGUCGUAUGUAAUUGUUUUGCCAUUCUUCACCACAAACCCUUUCGGUGGAAAUUCAUUGAAUUUGCUUGUUUCAUAUUGAUUAAAUCAUAAAUCAAAGUUAAAGAUCCGUGGCUGUUAUUUUUUCCUUGGGCAGAUUUUAAAGUUGCUAUCCGUAUAGAUAUAGCCUUAAUAGAAAUUUGCGAAUUAAGACGAACUGGACUGUGGACACCUAGGACGAUCGAUAUUUUAAGGGGGGAAUCUCAACAUUUAAUUCAUAUAAUGUGCAGACGAAAAUAUUUAUAUUAUGUGCAGACGAAAAUACAUGCCCAUAAUAACAAUAAGAUUUGUCUUACUAUCCACUGAAGAAAGCGAAGGCAUAUUGUUUUUGUGUUGUUCAUCCGGAUGUUCGCCCGUCCUUGCGGCUGUGCGUCCGUCCGUCGGAAAUUGAAAUGCAUUGUGUGCAUUUUUUUUUUGAUUUAACGUCGCACCGACACAUGAUAGGUCAUAUGGCGACUUUCCAGCUUUAAUGGUGGAGGAAGACCCCAGGUGCCCCUCCGUGCAUUAUUUCAUCACUAGCAGGCACCUGGGUAGAACCACCGACCUUCUCGCCAGUGUGUAAGCUAGAAUCAUUUGCUCGUUCGUAGAAUUAUUCCCCUUGAUCCAGAGUUUUCGCCCUUGAGUUGUCUUGAAAAAAUACUUACAAUUCAAAAAGUAUUUCAGAUAGAAUAACCAAACCUCUCAUAAAUAUUAAUUAGCACAUGGCCUUUGCUCACGCACAGUAUUAUCCCUUAUUACCAAGUAAAACAGAGCUUUUUCCGUUGAUUUGAUAAAAAAAAAAUAUAUUGCACACACACACACAUACACCAAAUUAGGCAGUAAAAGCAGAAUAUUUCCUCCUAAUUUGGUAAAACAUAGGAGUUUUUGAUAGUAUUUAAGUAACCUAUUCAUGGAUCUUCAUGAAGCACAAAUACAGAUUACCAUAGGGCAGUGGUGUACUCGCGUGUUUGUUAGGAGUUUUUCAUUAAACUGAGUUAUUGACCUUUAAUAUUUUGCAUUCGAUAAAGUCUAACAUAACAAAGUAACUUCAAUUUAACAUAAUUAUAGACCACUAUAGGGCGAUGAUGCAUGCGUGCCUUUCAUCAGUGU